CUGUACUACAGCCUGACAGUAUAAAAGACGGUGUGAGUGACAGUAGCGUCAUCUGGAGCCGUUGGACAAGGCGACAUGGUUGGAAAGAUAGUACUGAUUCUAGUUGCUGUUGCAACGGUCAUCUAUGCUGCCAGCCUCAAUGUCGUAAGACAGACGGGGUGCUAUUACAAGAGUGUGACCCACCAGCAGGACGAGAAGUGGUUGGAUGGGUGUGACUAUAUAUGCACGUGUGUCAACGCUAAUAUUGGACAAUACAAAUGCAAUACGGUGUGUCUCACGUGGAACCUUCCCCCCCAGUGUCAACUCCUUGACCCACCUGCCGGCAAGUGUUGCCAAGUGCCACAGUGCCCCUUGGGUUGGAAUAUCAACUACCCUGAAGGAUACGUUCCACGAUAGAGUGGUCUCCCCUUGUACCAUUGACAAUGGCAUCACGUUAUGACUUUUUAUAAAGGUCGAUCAGAUGGCACACAAGGAACAGAGGUUGAGAUGUAAAUGUUUUUGUACAAGUUAUUUUGGCAUAAUAAAUACUCCACUCUGUCA